CCCAUACAUUUCCUAUUUUCCAGUGGAUUUGACCCAUUUGAACAGGUUUAAUGUUGGAAAAAACUGAGCAGAAAAAUCCCAAUCCAAAGGACAAACACAAUCAACCUGAAGAGUCAUGGACACGGACCAAUGUUGGACUCAGAGUUGGAUCCAUGAAAAUGAACAGUCCAUGAAAACCACUGCUGUGUUUGUCCACUUCAAAGCUCAAGUCAAUCCUCUGGAGACCAUGAAUGGGAAUCCAUCCAUCACUGGGUCCAGAUCCAGUCCAUGUGGACUAAAGGACUGAACAAACUGUCCAACUGAUGCACAAAAGACAAAGACAAAACCGUCCUGUUGAUGUGAAUAUGAGACAAACACAUCAUGGAUCUGGAAUCUCAUCCUGGUUCAGCAUCUGGACACGUUUAGUCCACGUCAGCCCACGGCGUCGGAGCACACAGGUUUUUGUACCAGCAUAUUUCACUGUGAGAGGACGAUAUCGCUACUGGAUCUUUGGUUCUGGGACUAAACUGUACGUAACAGUGCUUUUCUUUGUGUUUUGUGUGUAUUUUUCCACAUGUUGCUGUGGAAUCGCUCUAAUGCUUCAUGGCUGGAGGGGUUCAGAUGAUCCGGUGCUGAAGCCCGUGGUGGGCGUGUACCCGGCGGCGUCCACGGCCCCGGACGGGAAGACCUCCCUGAUGUGUGUGGCCUCAGGCAUGUCUCCUCCUGAGGUCCGCUUCUCCUGGAAAAGACAGAAGGACCACGGAACUGAGGAGGAUCUGCCCGACGCCCAGGGAGAACAGCUGGAGGUCCAAGAGUCUGGACGGAGAACCUCCAUCAGAACCAUCCAUCAGAACCACAACAGCUCAGAUAAAUACUGGUGCACGGUCCAGCACGAGGGGGGCACCACCCACCAAGAGGUUCCAGAGGUUCCAGCUCUUCCUCCUUCCGUCCAGCCCUGGGACUCCCAGCAUCUUCCUUGUCUGUUCUACUCAGUUCUGAUCCUGAAGAGUCUGGUUUACUGCUGUGGACUCUGGGUCAUGAAUCUCAUAUAGACCUUCCACCUGCUGCACACCACUGAGUUCCUUUACAUUCUGUCAUUUGUCAAAGUCAGUGCUGAUCCAUCAGAACCAGCAGGACCUGAAAGAAUCACAAUCACUGACCUACAGUGUUAGAUUUGCUCCAUGCAGACGUAUUAAAUUGGUCCCAGUGGUCUAUUCUGUUUAUGUGGAAUCUUUUCUCUUGGUCACUGCUUCCACUAUGUGUACGUUUGAGCAUUUAUCCAAUCACAUUUCAAUCAGAUUUUCUUGCUUUAGUAAUAACCUUCAUUCUCUGUCAGAUAUCUGUUUAUGAUCAAACACCCUGGUAUACUGGGUUUUUUGGUGGAGUAUUGAUAGAAUAGCAUUGAUAUUAAAGGUUGGAUUAGGUCAGGUAGAACAACAUGAAGAACUACACUGAAAAAAAUCUAACUCUGACCAAGUGUAUUUUUCUCAUUUCUAGUCCAAAUAUCUCAUCACACUUCAAAUCAGACGGAAUCACCUAAAGAGGAACUUUUCAGUGAAAUAUAAGAAC